GUAUAUUAUUUUCUUGAGUUCAUUUCAUUUUUGAUAUUUGCAGUAUCUACUCUAUCUUUGAUGUUAAGAUUGCUUAUUGAUAGUGAGCAGAAUUAUGAGUAUUCAAAAUCAUUUACCGCUUCAGAAUCGAAUAAUUCGCCCCACAAGUAUAGGGACUCUUUCUCUUCUAGUUUACAGUGUUUCCAGUCUAAGGAUUUGAUACAAGGUCAUGUGCUUGACAUAGUGAAAUUAUGUACAUCUUCAUGCCCAUUCAUUGUAUCCGUCGGCAUUGAUCACAAGGUUUUGGUGUGGUCGCCACUAAAUCACCCAAUACCGAUUCCAACACAACUACCGAUCUCAGCAAAAUUUUUACCGAUAACUCAUGUUGAAAUGUCCGAUUCUGGUUCAGCGAUAACCGUUUUCAGCAGAUCGGGAGAAGUCAAAUGUUGGUCUCGAUCAUCAAUGUCUUGGGUAUGGACAAUUUUGUUUGAAGAAUUGGCCAAUGAUACUCCACUGGUUUCAUUUUUCCGUAAGAGAACUCAAAUCAGUAAUGGACGAAGAAAGUUGAUCAGCAGGGUAUCAAGACAAACAAAGGAGCACACACCAACACACAGUACUUUAAGUUCACGUCAUCCACCACCAACUUCUUCCGCAGAAACUAACACAGAUCUAAGCUCGGGCAGAAGGCUGUCGCUGGACUCAAAUUUUGACCAGAACAUCACCACAAAGGAUGCAUCCAAUAUGGAGUUCAUAAUUGUAUUAAAGAAUGGCGCAAUUAUUUCAAUAGAGUGUUCCACUGGAAAAUACGAUAGGGCUGUUCUCAGUGAUAGUCCAUUGCUUUGUGCUAAAAAGUUAAUCUCGCCAAGAGUCAAUGAUAGAAUUGUGGGCGUGAAAGAAAACGGAGAGUUGGUUGUCUCUACGGUCAUUAAUAAUAAGUGGAGAAGUAGACCGGUGAAAAUUGACACCAGUAAUUACAACAAGGGUAUAAGUCUAAUCACACCUGCGGUAUUACUGAAAUACCCAGAGUUCAACUACUCUACCUCUCCAUCUGUAUUGCCAGCAGCGAAGAGUUUUGCUGCUACAUCUAACACUGACAAGCGGGUCGGCUUUGUGGAUGAAAGCUUGAAUGAUCUACAAGGUAUAGUGAUGGAAACUGUCCCCUUUGUUGGGAUGAUUGUCAGGGCAUUUGGAUCUAAAUGUCAACUGAUUGAUGUUCAGUCGGGUACGGUAUUGAAAGAGUGGCAAAUCUUCCAGUUCAAAGCUAGCACUUUUAGAGUUUUCCACCCAGAGCCUUCGCAUUGCAGAUUUUGUGGUUGUGCUUCUGUUGCAUCUUUCAGCGUAGCAUACACUGGAUUAGAGGGCAGCUCUCUAAUUAUGCACACAUUUUCAAUCGACAAUAGAGCGAAAAACAACAUUUGUUUGAGAGUCGAGAGAGAUUCUCGAGAGACCAGAUGUCUUGGUUUUGCAAGCGUCACUGAACAUCAGCAUGUAUUGGGCAAUGUCGAAGGCUGGUGUCCUACUGACAUGAAUAUAUUGAUGGGUGUUCGUAGAAAGGAAAACAGCGAAAAAAUCGAUGAAACUGAAGGUGAUAACAUCGAGACGGAAGAGAAGGUGAGUCCUAUCAUUGAAAACUCGAGCAUUUUCAAUCGGGUUACGAAUACCGCCCAAACAACCCACACUCAUAGAUUGAGUGAUAAGUGGGAAGGUUGGACAAUGUCGGCGGAUGGGCAAGUACGUUUCUACGAAAUUCCCGAUGGAUCAGAUUCAGGACUACUGAUAAAAAAGUUAGGUCCGGUCAGCAAGUUUGGCCAUAAAUCCCUAGUAGUGAGUUUCGGGAACAUUAUGAAAGUCUUGUACCUAGGAAACGAUAGCUUGGUUGAAGAAGAUUCCCCAGGCGACGAGGACUUAUCUUCUGCAAGGUACCAGUCGUCGAGCAGUUUAGGCUUCAUCAACAGGAGACGGAGAAUGAGGAUGAAGAAAUAUGACUUAACACAUUCGACGUGUUUUGAGGAG